UGGCUUCGGUCCGUUGUGGUUGUGAUGUCAGUGCGCACGUGGCUGGGCGUGAGAGUGCAGGGCCACCCAGCCGCCCAGUUGUGAACGGUGCAGUGUGUGCUUGUCCCUGGGGUUGUCUGUGGGUGCUCGGGGUCUUCGUCUGCCUUCCGAUACUUUGUCACCAGGGCACCAUCGUUACCGACUCACAGCCUGGGACCCACAUCUUGGAGACAGCUGGUAGUUUGCCACUGUAGGAAGCUAACUGUCUCCCCUGCCCCCUCUUGUCACCCUCUCGAAUUACAUCAGGUACCAUUCUUUGCUGGAACUGGGGGAGAAGCGUAAAGGCAUGUUGGAGAAGAGUUGUAAGAAGUUUAUGCUGUUCCGUGAAGCGAAUGAGCUACAGCAGUGGAUCAACGAGAAGGAAGCGGCCCUGACGAGCGAGGAGGUCGGCGCAGACUUGGAGCAGGUCGAAGUGCUGCAGAAGAAGUUCGAUGACUUCCAGAAGGAUCUCAAGGCCAAUGAGUCACGGCUGAAGGACAUUAACAAGGUGGCUGAAGACCUGGAGUCCGAAGGUCUCAUGGCGGAGGAGGUGCAGGCAGUGCAGCAGCAGGAGGUGUAUGGCGCGAUGCCCAGGGAUGAAACUGAUUCCAAGACGGCCUCCCCGUGGAAGUCUGCUCGCCUGAUGGUUCACACCGUGGCCACCUUUAAUUCCAUCAAGGAGCUGAACGAACGCUGGCGGUCCCUGCAGCAGCUGGCCGAGGAGCGGAGCCAGAUCCUGGGCAGCGCCCACGAGGUGCAGAGGUUCCACAGAGAUGCUGACGAAACCAAAGAGUGGAUCGAAGAGAAGAAUCAGGCUCUAAACACAGACAAUUACGGCCACGACCUGGCCAGUGUCCAAGCCCUGCAGCGCAAGCACGAGGGCUUUGAGAGGGACCUCGCGGCCCUCGGCGACAAGGUGAAUUCCCUUGGGGAAACAGCCGAGCGCCUGAUCCAGUCCCACCCCGAGUCGGCAGAGGACCUGCAGGAGAAGUGCACCGAGUUGAACCAGGCAUGGAGCAGCCUGGGCAAGCGCGCCGACCAGCGCAAGGCCAAGCUGGGCGAUUCCCACGACCUGCAGCGCUUCCUCAGCGACUUCCGGGACCUCAUGUCUUGGAUCAAUGGAAUCCGAGGGUUGGUGUCCUCAGACGAGCUAGCCAAGGAUGUCACCGGAGCCGAGGCCCUGCUGGAACGACACCAGGAACACCGGACGGAAAUUGACGCCAGGGCUGGCACUUUCCAGGCAUUCGAGCAGUUUGGGCAGCAGCUGUUGGCUCAUGGGCACUACGCCAGCCCCGAGAUCAAGGAGAAACUACAUAUUCUAGAUCAGGAGCGUGCAGACCUGGAGAAGGCCUGGGUCCAGCGCAGGAUGAUGUUGGAUCAGUGCCUUGAAUUGCAGCUGUUCCACCGGGACUGCGAGCAGGCUGAGAGCUGGAUGGCUGCCCGGGAGGCCUUCCUGAAUACCGAGGACAAAGGGGACUCGCUGGACAGCGUGGAGGCUCUGAUCAAAAAACACGAGGACUUUGACAAAGCCAUUAACGUCCAGGAGGAGAAGAUCGCCGCCCUGCAGUCCUUUGCCGACCAGCUCAUUGCUGGCGGCCACUACGCCAAAGGCGACAUCUCCAGCCGGCGUAAUGAGGUUCUGGACAGGUGGCGACGUCUUAAAGCCCAGAUGAUUGAAAAAAGGUCAAAGCUGGGAGAAUCGCAGACUCUCCAACAGUUCAGCCGGGAUGUGGAUGAGAUUGAGGCUUGGAUCAGCGAAAAAUUACAGACUGCAAGUGAUGAGUCAUAUAAGGAUCCUACCAACAUCCAGCUUUCCAAGCUGCUGAGCAAGCACCAGAAGCAUCAGGCCUUCGAAGCAGAACUGCACGCCAACGCGGACCGGAUUCGAGGGGUUAUCGACAUGGGCAACUCCCUCAUUGACCGCGGGGCCUGUGCCGGCAGCGAGGACGCCGUCAAGGCCCGCCUGGCCGCCUUAGCUGACCAGUGGCAGUUCCUGGUACAGAAGUCGGCUGAGAAGAGCCAGAAGCUGAAGGAGGCCAACAAGCAGCAGAACUUCAACACUGGGAUCAAGGACUUUGACUUCUGGCUCUCUGAGGUGGAAGCCCUGCUGGCCUCUGAGGAUUAUGGCAAAGACCUGGCUUCUGUGAACAACCUGCUAAAAAAACAUCAACUGCUGGAGGCGGACAUCUCUGCCCAUGAGGAUCGCCUGAAGGACCUGAACAGCCAGGCAGACAGCCUGAUGACCAGCAGUGCCUUCGACACGUCCCAAGUGAAGGACAAGCGGGACGCCAUCAACGGCCGUUUCCAGAAGAUCAAGAGCAUGGCGGCCUCCCGGCGAGCCAGGCUGAACGAGUCCCACCGCCUGCACCAGUUCUUCCGGGACAUGGACGACGAGGAGUCCUGGAUCAAGGAGAAGAAGCUGCUGGUGAGCUCGGAGGACUAUGGCCGCGACCUGACGGGCGUUCAGAACCUGAGGAAGAAGCACAAACGCUUGGAGGCAGAACUGGCUGCCCACGAGCCGGCGAUUCAGGGUGUCCUGGACACCGGAAAGAAGCUGUCCGAUGACAACACCAUCGGGAAGGAGGAGAUUCAGCAGCGCCUGGCGCAGUUCGUGGAGCACUGGAAGGAACUGAAGCAGCUGGCGGCCGCCCGGGGCCAGCGGCUAGAAGAGUCCUUGGAAUAUCAGCAGUUUGUAGCCAACGUGGAGGAGGAGGAAGCCUGGAUCAAUGAGAAGAUGACCCUGGUGGCCAGUGAAGAUUAUGGAGACACUCUUGCUGCCAUCCAGGGCUUACUGAAGAAACAUGAAGCCUUCGAGACAGACUUCACUGUCCACAAGGACCGGGUGAACGACGUCUGCACUAACGGACAAGACCUCAUUAAGAAGAACAAUCACCAUGAGGAGAACAUCUCUUCAAAGAUGAAGGGCCUGAACGGGAAAGUAUCAGACUUGGAGAAAGCUGCCGCCCAGAGGAAGGCAAAGCUUGACGAGAACUCGGCCUUCCUUCAGUUCAACUGGAAGGCUGACGUGGUGGAGUCCUGGAUCGGUGAAAAGGAGAACAGCUUGAAGACAGAUGAUUAUGGUCGAGAUCUAUCUUCUGUCCAAACUCUCCUUACCAAACAGGAAACCUUCGAUGCCGGCCUGCAGGCCUUCCAGCAGGAGGGCAUCGCCAACAUCACUGCCCUCAAAGAUCAGCUGCUGGCCGCCAAGCACAUCCAGUCAAAGGCCAUCGAGGCCCGGCACGCCGCCCUCAUGAAGAGGUGGAGCCAGCUUCUGGCCAACUCAGCCACCCGGAAGAAGAAGCUGCUGGAGGCUCAGAGUCAUUUCCGCAAGGUGGAGGACCUCUUCCUGACCUUUGCCAAAAAGGCUUCUGCCUUCAACAGCUGGUUUGAAAACGCAGAGGAGGACUUAACAGACCCGGUGCGCUGCAACUCCCUGGAAGAGAUCAAGGCCUUGCGCGAGGCCCACGACGCCUUCCGCUCCUCGCUCAGCUCGGCCCAGGCCGACUUCAACCAGCUGGCCGAGCUGGACCGCCAGAUCAAGAGCUUCCGCGUGGCCUCCAACCCCUACACCUGGUUCACCAUGGAGGCCCUGGAGGAGACCUGGAGGAACCUGCAGAAGAUCAUCAAGGAAAGGGAGCUGGAGCUGCAGAAGGAGCAGCGCCGGCAGGAGGAGAACGACAAGCUGCGCCAGGAGUUCGCCCAGCACGCCAACGCCUUCCACCAGUGGAUCCAGGAGACCAGAACGUAUCUCCUCGAUGGGUUAAUAUUGACUUCUUACGUCUCCGGGCUUGGGGUGUGAUGGUGUCUAGUGUGCUUGCCCCUCUGCCCUUUGUCCCCUCGUGGCCUGGCUUGCAGAGGAUCCCAGAAUGGACCUUCCUGCCUGGGGCAGGCUGCACGUCCCCCGCCCUACCCUCGCCCCCUUCCCUGGCACCCAUGGCCCACUGUCCCUGACGGCCUGCAGUCUGGGGAGGGGAGCCGCUCCCACCUUCCUGUUCGGAUGCCAAGGGUUCUCUUAGGGAACAAGAUGGGGCCAGAAGGCCAGAGCUGGAGUCCAAAGCCUCUGAGAAUCCCCGUGCUUAUUCAGCCAUUGGGAUUCUACUGGACUUCUUUUCUGCCUUGUUCCCCCACCUGUCUGUUGGGAUCAUGUUUAGUGCCUAGGAGGUCA